AUGUCUUAUAUAAAUCCUAAAUAAGGUUGAAGGAAAACACAUCAAGAAACAACUUCUAUAUAUAUAUAUAUAUAUAUAUCUUUCUUGAUUCUAUCUCUCCUUGAUCAUUGUGAGGAUAAAGAGAUGAGCACAAGAGGUCAUUGGACACCGACCGAAGACGAGAAGCUCAUGGAACUCGUUGCCUGUUUUGGCCCUCAUAACUGGAAUUCCAUUGCUGACAAGCUUCAAGGAAGAUCAGGAAAGAGUUGUCGGUUGAGAUGGUUCAAUCAGUUGGAUCCAAGAAUCAAGAAAAGUCCUUUCACUGAGGAAGAAGAAGAACGGCUUCUUACUUCACAUCGAAUUCAUGGAAACAGAUGGGCGGCGAUUGCUCGCCAUUUCCCCGGCAGGACUGAUAAUGCAGUGAAGAAUCAAUGGCAUGUUAUCAUGGCAAGAAGGUAUAGGGAGCGUUCUAGAGUUUGCUCUAGAGGAGAAGCACAAAGACAAGAGAUCAUUAAGAAGAGAAAUUUAGAUGCAAAAAAUAUCGCUUCAUUUCUAGACAAGUAUUGCAGAAGUGUUCAAAAUUAUCCAAUGAUCAAUGAAUCCAAUAUGAGACAAAAUAGAGAUAGUUCCAUUGAGUUCUAUGAUUUUCUUCAAGUGAACAAUGAUCUAGAGAAUGCUAAACAAGGUUUAGAAAGAGUGGAAGAACAAAAAGAAGAAGUGAAGGAGAAUGAGAGUAAGAGUUGUGUUCCAUUUAUAGAUUUUUUCUCUGUUGGAAGUUCUUAACUACAUUUUGUGUGUGUGUGUGUGUGAGUGUAAAUAUAGAUAGUUACAUAAUAAAAGAGUAUUAGUGAAGAUGAACUCUAAUCAAUUUGUGAAGCUAACUGUGAAUAUAUAUAUGUAUGACUUGAUGUCAUUUAGGAUAUGAUCAUGCUAUGAAUUACUUAAAUAGUGAUGUAAAUUGGAACAUCAAAACCUUUAUAUUAGUUGAGAAUGAGUGUGUUUUGUUU